UAACAAUUCGUUAUUUUUUUACAAAUGCUCUUUAUACAAUAGAAAGAUAAAAUUCUAAAUGCAGAUCACACCCGGAAGUUAACAACGACAACGUCAAUCGUUAAAGAAACUUUUUUUUCGUGUAGCGAAAAUACGUCAGUCAAACAAAUGGUGUGAACGUGAAAUCUAUCCUUCCCAUCUUUUCUGCUACAUAUUUACACAGUACCAUACGGCCACAUCCCGUGUGACCACAGAAAUGCCUUAUACAAUAAUUUACUAAAGUCUCCAUCGAUCGCGUCAUCGGCACGUCUUGUACACAAAUCAACUUGUCUAUCAUGUUUUCGCGUAAAAUUCAUUGAACGUCCUUGUGAGGGGUAAACGUAAUUUGACUCGGAGUGACCUGGAGCGUCGUCAUCAUGAAUUUCGAGGACAGCGCGAGUAGUGGCUAUGUCACGGCGGAGACGAUAUACGGGACACACGAGGAUUCACACGUCGUGAUGUCGGAGAAGGUCCAGACCCUGGCCGGAAGCAUAUACCAGGAGUUCGAGCGCAUGAUAGCGAGAUACGACGAGGAUGUGGUGAAAACGCUGAUGCCGUUGCUGGUGAACGUCCUGGAGUGUCUGGACUCGGCGUACCAGACGAAUCAGGAGCACGAGGUGGAGCUGGAGCUGCUGAGAGAGGACAACGAGCAGCUUGUGACGCAGUACGAGCGCGAGAAGGCGGCCAGGAAGCACUCUGAGCAGAAGUUGCUAGAAGCCGAGGACCAGUACGAGGGUGAACGCAAAGAGCUAACCGGACGACUAGAAGCGUUGGACAGCAUUGUGCGCAUGCUAGAGCUCAAGCACAAGAACUCACUCGACCACGCCAGCAGGCUGGAGGAACGGGAGAAUGAUCUCAAGAAGGAAUACGCGAAAUUGCACGAGCGCUACACCGAGCUGUUCAAGACGCAUAUGGACUACAUGGAGCGGACCAAGUUGCUGCUGAGCACCGCCAGCGACCGCAGCGAGGUCCGCGGCCGGCUCGGCCUCAACCCCGUCGGCAGGUCCAGUGGUCCCAUAUCGUUCGGUUUCGCAUCGCUAGAAGGCUCCGUGCACAUAGUGGAACAAACCGAGAGCAUCCCGGGCAGUCCCGUCAGCCUUUCGUCGUCGCCGCCAUCGCCGACCAUCGGCUCCGAGCUGGCCGCCGUGCGGACCGUGGAGAGGGCCCAUCAGACCGACCCCGUCACGCAACAGAGCCAGGCGACGUCACCAGUUGCUCCGAACCAGUCGUCCGUCAGCAAAUCGCAGACCAAGAGCGAGAAGCGAAGCGGCAACACGCUGUACCAAGAGCUGUCCUUCCACGACACGGACGCUAGCAUCGCCGAGGGUGACGACGGUGCCGACAUAACGGGAAGCUGGGUGCACCCUGGCGAAUAUGCCUCCUCCGUUAACGACAACUACUUCGGAAUGGGCAAAGAAGUGGAAAACCUAAUCUUGGAGAAUAAUGAAUUGCUCGCUACAAAGAAUGCGUUGAACGUAGUAAAGGACGAUCUCAUAGUGAAAGUGGACGAGCUGACCGGCGAACAGGAGAUCCUUAGGGAGGAAGUUUCGAACCUCAGCGCGGCGAGAGAGAAGCUCAGGGAGAGAGUCACCCAGCUGGAGGAGGAGCUGAGACAUUUGAAGGAGACGGUCAGCAACAGCGCGGGCGGCGAAAAUGAGGACGAAGCCGACGUGCCCAUGUCGCAGCGGAGGCGGUUCACGCGCGUCGAGAUGGCCAGGGUGCUUAUGGAGAGGAACCAGUACAAGGAACGUUUCAUGGAGCUGCAGGACGCUGUCCGCUGGACGGAGAUGGUGCGCGCGAGCCGCGUGGACUCCACCAUGGACAAGAAGAACAAGCAGAGCAUAUGGAAGUUUUUUAGUAACCUGUUUAGCGGGACGGAGCGGCCGGCGCGGCCUCUAUCCACGCCGCACCUCCGCGCGGUUGCCGCGCCGCAGUCCGGCAUGCGACACUCUCGUACCCAGGCCGACUUCCUUGAGACGCAGCUCACCGACCACCAUCACCGGCGGCAUGAGCGCAGCGAGCAGUUCCGCCAGGUGCGAGCCCACGUGCGAAAAGAGGACGGCCGCACGCAGGCGUACGGCUGGAGCCUUCCAGGCAAGACGGGUCAGGGCCAGAAGGGGCCGAGUCCAUGCGCGUCUCUCUCCUCUGGUGGAGUUCCAGUGCCCGUUCCGGUGUUCUGCAGACCGAUAGCGGAAAGCGAGCCUCGUAUGACGCUACUAUGCGCUGCGGGAGUGAACCUCAGCGGCGGGCGUACUCCAGACGGUGGCUGCAUGGUUGGAGAAAGCGUCUUUUACGCGAAAGAGGACGACAAGGACAACACGCUGUGUCUCGCGGAAGAAAUGAGCAAAGCGUCGGUGCACUCGCCCGAAGUGGAGCAGAUCAACCGGCAGCUGCAGUCGACGCACAGCCUCGAGCACUCUGAGAAGAACCUGUCUUCCUUCGUGUGGAUAUGCGCCAGCACGCAGAACAAGGGCGUUGUCAUGAUUAUUGACGCGAACAAUCCCGCGGAAGUGCUAGAAUCCUUCCCACUAGGAGACAAGCACAUACUGUGCGUGGCCUCCGUACCGGGUGCCGUCGCGGACGACUACACCGAGUACGAGGAGCGCAUGAGCGAGGGCGAGCAGAAGCGGCAUUCGUCCCUAUUCUGUGCCGGCAAGAGCGAGUCGCAGGACAGCCAGAGCAACGGGCCGGUCGGUGAGAACGGCGAAAAGGAGGUCGUCGUCGGUGCUACUAGAUUGGUGCAAGCAACACUUCUAACGCCUCCCACGACGCCCGUCGCCGAACCGGAGCCGGCGCCUUCCGGACCACCCAAGGAAUCGGCCGUCAAGAACGUUGAGGAGCCAGAUACUGGUGCGCCGGACAGCCCGCCACUCAGCUCAACACCCGUGCACAACGAACACCUAGGCUCCCCCGAGCCGGGCGUAGAUGCGUUCGCCCAAGAGCAAUCCAACGCGGAGAGCCGCGCGGACGUGCCCGACCGCAAGAUGUCCACCGUCAUGGCCACGAUGUGGCUCGGCACCAAGAGCGGCCACCUGUACGUGCACUCGGCCAUGGGCAACUACAGCAAAUGCCUCGCCAGAAUUAAAUUAAACGACGCCAUCCUAUCUAUAGUAGCGUGCGCGUCUCGCUGCAUGGUCGCCCUAGCGGAUGGCACAGUGGCCAUAUUCAUGCGACAAGCAGACGGACAAUGGGAUUUCACGCAAUACUGGCUCAUGACGCUUGGUGACCCCAAGUGCUCAGUGCGCUGCCUAAGUGCAGUAGGGUGCACGGUAUGGUGCGGGUACCGCAACAAGGUGCACGUGAUCGACCCGCGCUCACGGCAGGCGCUGCACUCGCUCGACGCGCACCCGCGCCAGGAGAGCCAGGUGCGGCAGAUGGCCGCGGACGGGGACGGCGUGUGGGUAUCAAUAAAAAUGGACUCUACUUUGCGCUUGUACCACGCCCAUACAUACCAACACCUGAAGGAUGUGGACAUCGAACCAUACGUUAGCAAAAUGCUGGGCACUGGCAAACUAGGUUUCUCUCUGGUCCGUAUCACGGCGCUCCUCAUCAGCUCGGGGCGGCUGUGGAUCGGCACCAGCAACGGCGUCGUCAUAUCCGUGCCGCUGUCGGAGGGCAGCCGCGAGCCCGCGCCGGCCGCCGGCCCCUUACCGGCCAACGCAUCUUUAGUACGAGCCCGCUCCACAUCCCCCACCGGCGCCAUCCCCUGGUGCUCCAUGGCGCACGCCCAGCUCUCCUUCCACGGGCACCGCGACGCCGUCACGUUCUUCGUAGCCGUGCCCGGCGCGGCGGAGUCCCCCACGCGCUCGCCCGACUCGCGCCGCGGACCGCCCAUGCUCGUCAUAUCGGGCGGGGAGGGUUACAUCGAUUUUAGAAUAGCCGACUCAGAAAUGGAGGACAGCGUGGUGGUAGCCGAGGAUGGGUCCUCAAGCGGGCACAGCUCCCUGGCGGAACGGGCUUCAAAGAGCCACCUCAUCGUGUGGCAGGUGGCCACCGCCUAACGCACGCCGCGCCGGCGGCUCGCGUCCGAUGACUUCGUAUACGUGUGCACCACCGCUAAACCGGCGACGCUCAUCAUGUGAAUAGGUACUAUCAACUGUUGCGCGCACCUGACUGUUCCAUUUUACGUGUGUACAAGUUUGAAUCAGCCUGACGUAAUUAAAGGCGAAAACGCAUUGAGACGUAGCCACGCGGAUGUUGCAUUUGUAGUAAACUUAUGGAAAAGGUUUAAAAAAUAGUCUUACCGGUACGUUUUAUGCGUUUAAGUUUCAAAAUGUAUGCAUUACAGUACAAUUGCUACAACAUGAAACUGAGCUCCAAAUUUUGUUUGCGUAAUAAAUUACGUAAUGUUCGUAACAAUGACUCUAUCCCGAGCUUAGAUUUCGUGUUGAAGCUAAGUGUACCGACUGUCGAAAAACGUCAGGUGUGAACGCUUAGGCCGAGUGUAUAUGGUCUAUUAAACAAUUUUUAAUAAGUAUUGGUUUUACAUCAUCGUUAAUUCAUUCGUCCUACUGCUUAAUAAGUGAUAACGAUUAUUAACUUACCGAUUUUAAAAGUCUCUGUAUCUAGAAAUUUGUCACUACUUUGAAAAGGGCUAUGAAAUAGGUAUUUAUGAGGCUGGUUUGCGCUUUGGUUUUACUUAGACAAAUCUGAAAUACUAGCUAUGUUAAAGUAAUGUAAAUUCCUAUGUGUAGUGUUUAUCACUAAAGUUUUGUACUCAUUUAAUGGCAAGAAGAACAUAGUUUGACUUGAAUUCGUUUUGUUUCUUAGUAAUGUACUGGGAUGUAAGAUCUCAAACAAUUUUAUUUGGAACGUAUACACUAGUCUUACAAGGCGUAGUUCUUUUAUAUGGUUUUUGCUAACCAUGUACAUUCGCCGUAUGAAAGAACGAGCUCAAGUUGAUUAUACCGAAGGUGGAUUUUUAGGGAAAGGUUCAGUAUUAUCUAAAUUAAUUAAACAUUUGGUCGCAUACAUCUAAAUUAGGAUUUGAUUUGAAUUUAGAUUGUUGGUCCAUCGAAAUCCAUUUUUCCUAUUCACAUUUUGCCUGUCUCAUAGGGAAACUGCUGUAUAGAAACGUUGCAACAAUACACUCGUGCCUGAAAAGUUAAAGUUCAAAGUUAAUAUUUGCCUUAAGUGUGAUAUCAAGCAUAUUUCCUUAUGAGACCCGCCGACUCACGUGUGUUAGGGCUUUAGCGCAUUAAACAAUGCCGAUCCAUAAUGAACCAUAUAUAUAGAGGUUGUUUAAGGUCGACAUUGCGGCUGAAGCCCCUCGUCCUUCACGUUAGAAUAUUCGGAUAGAAGCAGUGCACGGCCAUGGACACAUGCGAGUGUAUCAAUGUGCUUAUUAUUUUGGUGUCUAUCUACUUAGCGCUUUCAUUUACGAUAUGUAAUUGCUCAUAUCAAUGUACGCGUUCACGUUUAAUUUGUAAGUGUUGUAUAUCGGUAUCAGGGGCUGAUGUUGCGAACAUCUCAAUGUAUUUGAGAACUGACUCGAUUUUUUAUCUAUUUCUCGUUCAAUAGUUUUAUUAUCUUUUUAAAUUCGGUGCGUUUACUUGUCGCAGCAGAGAGUUUAAGAAUGUGUGAAUUGUCGAACGUAACACAGAUGUAGUGAAUAAUUCUUUCCCAUCGUAUUUUCUCGGAAACGUUCGCAUUUCUCAUGCCACUUUAGACAGUCUCCGUACAAAAAAUACUGACACAGUUAAGCUGACGCACACAAAGUAAACGAGUACAUACGACUCGCGAUGUGCACAUUGGUACUUUUGUACUGAUAUACAACUCUUUGGCUGGCAACGCAGGGUACGUUUGCGCGUUUAGAUAUUUAACAAUAUACAUGAUACUACUACAUACAUCACUAGUACAUGUUUAUCGCUCAAAACAAUAAAUUCAGUGAGUUUCUUCACUGUUUUACGAUAUUUUAUAAUAUAUUUUGUUAAAUAUCUAAAGGUGCAUAGUAUGCAAUGGUGCAUAUGCAACAUUCUCAUAAAAAAGUAUUUCACAUCAAUAAGUGUUGCACUAAUUCAUGCAAUAUUCGUAUAUAAGUGGUUAAUCAGGAAACCUUGCCCGCUGAUCCUGCCGCGUUUACUAUUACUUAUCUGCAUAUAAGUUCCAAUAAGUUUUCAUGUGCACAUAUGGUAUAAUACUAACCGCGGUACCAUUGACAUGAGGUAUAUUUUUGUGAGAGUCGUGUCAUUCGAACGGAUCGCUAUUGCUAUCGAUUAAGCAUAAUAUAAUCUCAUCUAGGAAUAAUGUACAAGAUAUAACCACCAAAUAAUUCAUUUUAGUAGUGUUAUAUAGUUAUUAGCAUAGAUAUUGGAGAUUUUUUAUAAUAAUAACUAAGUAUAUACAUUAGUAUGUAAGGAAUCUGAAUGCUAACCAUACGGGCUGUGUUUAUGUCAUCUGCAUCACAAUAUUUUAGGUGUUUUUACGUUACGUGUGAUAAAAGGUGAUGAGGCGGUGUUAUACAUACUUACGACUCGUAGAUAGAUCGCUGUUAAGUUUUUAUUUAUUUUGUGGAUGGUAUGACGGGACUAGGCUCAGAUGUACCAUUACCAUUUUAGCAGAUAUAGAAAAUCAAAUGCAUAAAAACCAGUCAAUCACACACCAAAGCCAAAGAAUUAUUGAUCGUACCAGAUUCGUAGUCUUUGAAAAUUUUGAAAAUUUGAAACUCCGCUAAAACAUUUUUAGAUGUCUGUCUUAUGUCUGUGCUAGAGAUACAAUCGAUUAGGUACUUUGUUUUCCAAAGUAACUAAAGAUACAGUAACAGCUUGCAAGUUUACUGAAAUCGCUAGAAAAUAAUAUACAUCCGCUAAAUUCACACUACAGGAUGGAUUUUUUAAACGAGGCAAUGAGGAAAGCUACAUGAUCCCGUGCUGAACGCGAAUUUAUUUGUAUAAUGUCUUAACCUAGGUUGAUCUCUAAGAAAAUUUUAAUCUUGAAUAGAAAUGGAAACGAUUGUCAUCAAAAAAAUUGUUACAAAAAAAAAAAAAUUUGUCUGACUGUACUUUUUUAAAAAUCUGUAAAUGUCGAUCGCCGUUAAUUGAAACUUAGGAAAUACCUAAAAUCAUUUUCGCAUAGCAAUACGGGGGCUGUGUUUAUGUCAUGUGGAUCCGGUAGCUGCUCUCAGUGCCCCAUUCGAGAAAUCCAUUCUGUAAACUGAGAAUAACUUCGAUAUGAUUAAUUAAUAUUUUAUCUUAUGGUGCAACAAUAUUAUUACGAAAAAGACUAGGUUAUUUGUUAUCUUUGUUUAACAACUACUUUGAUCUAUCAUCUAAUUAUGACCCGUUGUGUUUCGCCUUCGAUGUCUUAAACACUGUUUAUUUCAUAAUUUCAUUUUCAGAUGUAUAUUUGAACACGUCAAAUUUGUUAAGUUAAUAUAAGAAUAAUUUAUUUAUAAUAGGCUUAUGGUUAGUUUUUUAAGUGUUACAGUGGGAGUUGGUUUUUUUGCGAAAUGUGUGUGCUGGAUCACUAAUAUUUCUGUGAAUAGAGUAGGAGUAAUUUUUAUAUUGUGUAGUGAUAUUAUUUACUCGAUAUUUUUAUGUAUAAUAAUUUUGAUAUAAUUUUACAUUGUGAUAUACAAACAAAAAAAAUAUUUUACGUCGUGCUAUCAAUUCAAUAUAAUUUUAUUCAAUUGCCAAUGACGGUUUAAAGAAAUAUAAGCGUCUGACAGACCUAGGUGAUUAAAGUGCUGCCAUCUACUUCCCAGGAUAUGUUAUGACGCCUAGGUGCCACCUAGUGGGUAUAUCUUUAGAAAACUUAUACCUUAAAACAUUUCCCUUAAAACCAAUUCCGGCUGUAAGUGCUAGUCAAAAUAAACAACUAAGUGAUGUUAGCUAGGCUUACAUUGUUUUGCUGAUUAUCAAAUGUCGAUACCUUUAUACGGCAAAAGCUGACUUUUAUACUGGACGGUGUGUUUUGAUUAAGGUUCGUCGGGUAAAAUGUGUAUUUGAAACUAUUUGUUCGAACGUUUUAAUCCUCUUAAUGAAUUUGGUGCACUUAUUGACCUUUACUCAGUUAAUAGUGGACUUUGAAGAUUUCGGUGUACAUCGCCAAUAAAAAAAUGGUUAAAAAAUUUACACAUUUUAUCCUUAAAAUGUUUGUUCUGGUUCCAUAUUAUGCUGUUAUAAUUAUAAUAGUUUCACGUCGCAUUUUCACUGCGUUUCAUGACAUUAAUUUCACCAAAAAAUCGCGCGGGGCACGAAAUUGGUUUGCUUUCAUGAAAUUAAUGCAUGCUUUUGAUGCAUUACGAAAAUAUAAAAUUACAAGUAAUACUGUUGGUAAAAAUAAUGUCACGAGAUUAAUUUGACUCCACUCAAUUCGUAAUGUAAAUCCGGCUUUAGGGACAAAUGUUAGACUCGUGCUGAGCGCUGUAACCAUAUUGAUACAAUAACAGCCUUUUGUACAUAAGCCUUCUGUAGAUAACCGCAAUGUAUUUUAAAUUUUUGGCUUAUUAUUGUUUGUACUUAGUCUUAUAAUGAAUUACUUACCAUAUAAAUCUGUGUACACAUUUCUGAUAAUAAAUUAUUUCGUAUUAUUUUUUGACCAAGUAUAAAUUGUCUCAUAGAUUAUUCACUUCUCAAUUUGUGUGUAAGUGACCUCCAAAUAACUUGUGUGGAAAGCUUUAUAUAUUGUUAAAUUAUUUAAACUAGGUACUCCUUAAUUUUUAAAUUUUUUAUUUCAUUUAGUAAUAAUUUUUAAAUCAGAAUUUUAUUUUACAAAUUAUAUUUAUUUUUUAUAAAAAGCACCUGUGUUUUGAAAGGGUUAUUUUUUUAUUUAACCGUUCAACGAUUAAUAUAAUUUUACAAAUGGAUAAAUACAUUAUUUAUAAUUAGUGUUUAACGUUUUUCUUGUUUGUAAUAUGCAAUCAAAUAAAGGAAUGCUGAUAA